CCAAGGAGUGACUUGUGGAGAAGAGACGGAGUCUGCAGACACACGCACACAUACACGCUAACUGUUUGUACCUAACAGCAGCGGUAAACUGGACAAGUUUACAUCUCCAGGAUACCACUGCCGGCUCUUUGCCCUUCUUCGUCCCUGGUGUGAACACCGCGCCCCGGAGUGAGGGGGUUUACGGCCACUAAAAGGAUGGUGAUGCCAUCGACAGGAGGAGGCCACAGCCGACGGUGCAGCCUUCUCUAAAAAGAAAAUAAACCCGUAUUAUUUUUUCCCCCCUCUCGCCGCUAUCACCCACCACUGCCAGCCCCGUUUCCUGGAGUUAUGGCUAACCACCUUGAGCUGAUCCAGGAGCUGCAGCAGCUGGACAAAGUGCCCAGUCUGGAAAGGCUGCGGGCGGCCCAGAAGAGGCGCACACAGCAGCUGAAGAGAUGGGCCGUGUACGAGAAGGAGAUGCAGCACAAGAAGCGAAAGGCGGACAAGAAGGGACGCGGCCUAAACAGCCUCCAACGCGCGGAGUUCAAGAAGCACGUGUCCUUUACAGCCAGCGUGGCACUCCUGGAGGCAUCGGCCAGGAAUGAUCCAGAUGAAGUUCGUUACCUGCUGAGGAACAAUGUGAGUCCAGACCUGUGCAAUGAAGACGGCCUCACCGCCUUACAUCAGUGCUGCAUUGAUAACUACGACGAGAUGGUGAAGAUCCUGCUCGAUCGAGGAGCCAACGUUAAUGCUCAAGACAACGAACUGUGGACGCCGCUGCACGCUGCUGCCACCUGUGGUCACACAGGGCUAGUGAAGAUUCUAAUCGCAAACGGUGCAGAUCUGCUGGCGGUCAACUCUGACGGAAACAUGCCGUACGAUCUGUGUGACGACGACCCAACACUGGACAUCAUUGAGACGGCGAUGGCCAACAGAGGCAUCACCCAGGAGAUGAUCAAUGAGACUCGGGCGUCAACAGAGAGGAGGAUGCUGGGAGAUAUCCAGGGACUACUGAAACAAGGAGAGGAGGCCAACCAGCAGGACUCUGGGGGAGCCACUCUGCUCCACAUCGCAGCAGCCAACGGCUACGUGCAGGCGGCAGAGCUGCUGCUGGAGGGCGGCGCUCGCAUGGACCUCAGGGACUCAGACGGAUGGCAGCCUCUCCACGCUGCCGCCUGCUGGGGUCAGAUGCACGUGGCAGAGCUGCUGGUUUCUCAUGGAGCAAGUCUCAACGCCAAGUCCUUCCUGGAAGAGACACCCAUUGAUCUGUGUGAGGAUGAGGAGUUCAGGGCCAUGCUGCUGGAUCUCAAACACAAACACGACACCAUCAUGAAGUCGCAGCUCAAACACAAGACGUCGCUCUGCAGGCGAACGUCCAGCGCGGGCAGCCGUGGGAAAGUGGUUCGCCGGGCGAGUCUGUCAGACAGACACAACUUAUGUCGAAAGGAGUACGAGACGGAGGCCAUCGUCUGGAGAGGAGGGAGAGAGGGGGCGGAUGAGAAGGAGAAAGAGUCUGACCAGGAGAACAGCCAAGUGGUUCAUGUCAAACCCGUCGACUCCGUGGAACUGCCGGAGAAGUCCAAGCUCCCUGCGAUACUCAAAGAUGGCAGCAGCAUCAACAACAACAGGCAGAACGGCCUCAUCUCCACCACGACGUCUGUGCCGCCGCCGCCGCCCCCUUCGAACGGCAGCACGCCACCAUCUGCUAACGGCGGGGUCGUCUCCAAGCAGCCCUCACAGGAGGAGCCCUGGCUGCGGGAGCGUCCACAGACUCUGUCGGAGCUGAAGAAACAGAGGGCCGCCGCCAAAUUAAUGAACCACCCCUUGUUGAACGGUCACCUAGGUAACGGCUCCACGGACUCCUUCUCCGACACCAAAAGCAUCUCCGACGAUCCCCGAAUGCCACUGGUGUCCUCCAACGGCAGUGCUGUGUACUACACACCGGCCAGCGGUGACCCACCUCUGCUCAAGUUCAAACAGCCCAUAGACGAACAGCAGCUCCAGGCUCGGACCUGCUGCUGCGUAUCGUAGCGCUCGAGUCACACCGAAGGUUUUUGAUUCACACAAAUAUGAAGGAAGAUACAGAAGGUUCUGUAGGAAGGCGGGAAGUUAGUCCUCCGCAGAGAAGCUCCAAAAAGGUCCAGUAAGUUUCCCCUCACACAUUUCCGUCACGUCUUACUUUUGAGUAAUUGAAGAAAUAGAGGCAAAUGUAGCAAAGAAAAGGAGGAAACGAAUUUUCCCUGUAGAUGUUACCUUGACAUUUUAGUCUUCAGACAAGAGUCGCUAACGGUUUCUACAAAAACUCAAGCGUGAAUAUUUCUGCUUCAGUAUUUUCACCUGGAUGUGGUCACACAUUUAAAAUCAUGAAAGUCGAGUCUGAGGUUCUGCAUGUUCCCACCAUUAAAGACGGACACGAGCCUUUGGUGGACUGAAGGGACGUACCGGAAAUAUUCCCUCCAUCUUGUCACCAGUGUUCGGCUUCUCAGUGUUCUCAUUAUUGUCAGUGUUUAUCGGAGCGGUGUCCAGAUGUGUCGUGUAUCACACUGUAUGAAAGAGAUAAAUGUAGCAGAGGGCGACAGACCACCACCCUGCUGUGGGCUCCUUCACAACACGCCGUUUGCAUUAAGUAAAGGGAAGAAACGCCAUAAAGCAGU